AUGAACUCGUUACAUCUCCGUUCGACCGGCUCCGCUUUGGAGAACAACCAGCGCAGUUUCUUCGACAUAGUCUGGGGCUGUUUCACAACCAUCUUCGCCUGCGUAUGGGUCUCUGCGCAUCCAAACGUGUCUCCACCUGUUCCACCACCUCCCCCAAAGGAUGCCUCAUUAUGGCAGCACCUCCGGUGGCGCUUUUUCGACAAGUCGAUUGGCCUUAGGCGACGACUCAAGGUCGUGCUCGCCGCCUUUAUUGCGCCGGAACUUAUCGUUGGUUUUGCCGGAAGGCAGUUGGAAACUGCGUGGUAUUUCUCGAGAAAAUACGAUAUAUCCCUUACACAUGGCUUUUUCAUCUCUAUGGGCGGCUUUGUGGACAACGACCGUCAUCCCCUCGUGCAGAGCAGCGACAUUGACCAGCACAUCGACGCGAUUCGCCACAUAUCGGAAGAGGAAAUUCUUGACCGCAGUCAGGGCGACGCAUUCUCCAAGACCGUAGCACUCCUUCAAGCGCUCUGGUUCGUGGUGCAGUGUCUCGCACGGCUUCAGCAGCACCUCCCGCUGACUGAACUCGAAGUCGUAACCCUUGCGUUUGCAAGCAUCAAUGCCGUCAACUGGCUAUUGUGGUGGAGCAAGCCGUUGGAUGUGCGUGCCCCGAUCAGGGUUGGGCCGACUGCAAGAGCAAUUGAGCCGUCUGGCCGCGAAUUUGUCGCUCUUGAUAUCGAAUGGGGACCCCACGUCAAGGGGAAACGCUCCUUCGUGGACAAAUUCUACUCGCUGCUCGGCAUGUCCACACAACGCGACUAUUUCAACGAUCCCGCCGUCCCCACCUUCUUCUUUGCAUCAUAUAUGGACGACGCGGAGAAGUACAGCCCGCUCAUUGCCAUGCUCGUUGCGGCACUCUUCAGCGCCGUCCACUGCGCGGCUUGGCGGUCGCAUUUCCUCUCUGUCGCAGAAAUGUGGCUUUGGCGCGUAUCGUCCCUCCUCCUGGGGGUUGUGCCGAUGAUUGUGCUGCUGGUGUACAGCGACGGUGUCACGUGGACUUUCACCUGGAUUGCGUACGGGUACAAGACGGCCCUGAUCAUCUACGCGCUGGGAAGCGCCCUUUACAUCCCUGCGCGCGCAGUGUUGAUCGUGCUGCCGCUGAUUGCUUUGCGGGAUCUUUCCGACGCGGCGUAUCUAGAUGUUGACUGGAAUAAAUACUUGCCGCAUGUUUAG